CGGGGCCCGUGCCUCGCUGGGCUCCCUGGGCUGCGGGCGGGCCCGGGCGGCGCGGUGCGCUCCGCCGGGACCAGGUAUAAUUCAGUAGGAAGAGCAUAUGGCUGGCAAAUAGAAAGUCACUGCUCUUUUGGAAGGCCUCCCAUUCCACUGCACCAGGACUUUCCAGCUGAAUCUUGGCGGGAAAUUGCUGGAAGGCCUGGGAAGGUGACUGGAAGCAGCAGAGGAGGGGAAGGUUCCAGGGCUGUGUGGCUUUCUAGAAGAUGACCAUAGAGGAUCUCCCAGAACCUUCCUUCGAAGGAGAUUCCCUCAUUGAAAGAGAACGAUUCUUAUUCCCAAACUCUGAAACAUCUGUUACCUUUUCUGUUGCUGCAGCACCAAUGCCUUCAGACUGUGAGUUUUCCUUCUUCGAUCCCAAUGAUGCAGCAUGCCAAGAAAUACUCUUUGACCCCAAAACAUCAGUUUCUGAAUUGUUUGCCAUCUUAAGGCAGUGGGUUCCACAGGUCCAGCAGAAUAUUGAUAUCAUUGGGAAUGAGAUCAUUAAAAGGGGUUGCAAUGUGAAUGACAGAGAUGGACUGACUGAUAUGACUCUCCUGCAUUACACUUGCAAAUCAGGGGCUCAUGGCAUUGGAGAUGUUGAAACUGCUGUAAAAUUUGCAACCCAGCUGAUUGAUUUGGGUGCUGACAGCAGCUUGCGCAGCCGCUGGACAAACAUGAAUGCCUUGCACUAUGCUGCCUACUUUGAUGUUCCAGAGCUCAUCAGUGUUAUUUUGAAAAAUGCAAAGCCAAAAGAUGUGGAUGCCACCUGUAGUGAUUUUGAUUUUGGAACAGCUUUGCAUAUUGCUGCAUUUAACCUAUGCACAGGAGCUGUCAAGUGUUUACUGGAACAUGGAGCAAAUCCUGCCUUUAGGAAUGACAAAGGGCAGAUUCCAGCAGAUGUGGUUCCUGAUCCAGUAGAUAUGCCACUGGAAAUGGCAGAUGCAGCAGCCAGUGCAAAGGAGAUCAAGCAGAUCCUGCUGGAUGCAGUGCCUCUCUCGUGUGACAUCUCCAAAGCCAUGAUUCCAACCUAUGACCAUGUCACAGGCAGGGCCAUGCUUUUGUCACUUGGCCUGAAGCUGGGAGAUCGUGUUGUUAUUGCAGGACAGAAGGUUGGUACUUUAAGAUUUUGUGGCACAACAGAAUUUGCCAGUGGCCAGUGGGCUGGUGUAGAGCUGGAUGAACCAGAAGGGAAGAACAAUGGAAGUGUUGGAAAAGUCCAGUACUUCAAGUGUGCACCAAAACGCGGUAUCUUUGCACCCCUUUCCAAAAUAAGCAAGGCUUCUGAUCACAAGAGAAGCUCCCUACGAAGCUCUUCCACACGCUCUUCACCUUUGGUCAAGUCCAAGAAAGUGGAUGUGACACACAUAACUUCCAAAGUGAAUUCUGGCCUAAAUAUUGCCAAAAGAGACAGUGCUUCUGAAAACAACUUUCUGACUGCUAACAAGGGAAAAACUGUACCCGCAAAAGAUGGUUUUCCUGGGUACAGCAGCUCUUCCUCUUCUACUGCCUCCUUGGAAGGCAAAAGGAAUUACUCCAAGAAGAGGAACUCAACGAGCAGCAGUAAAAAGGCCCUGAGCAGAGUGUCUUCUGCCUCAUCUAAGACUAGUGCUGGGCUGUAUAGUUCCCCAACCACAAGGAAGAAUGCUCUUGAUGGAGAAAUCCAGGUUGGAGACAGAGUACUGGUGGUGGGACAGAGAACAGGCACUGUUAGAUUUUGUGGGACAACAAAAUUCGCACCAGGGUUCUGGUGUGGGAUUGAACUGGACAAGCCCCAUGGGAAGAACGAUGGCUCCGUGGGAGGAGUGCAGUACUUCAGCUGCCUCCCCAGAUAUGGCAUAUUUGCACCCCCAUCUCGUGUACAGAGACUGACUGGUUCUCUGGAUUCUCUCACAGAGACUUCAUGGAGUAAAGCAGCUCACACUUUUCCAGGUUUUAGACGCAGUCUAAGCAGCACUUCUGCCUCUUCACAAAAGGAGAUAAACAGAAGAAAUGCCUUUGUUAGGUCCAAGAGCUCCGUGCUGCGGCGCAGCUGGAGCAGCAGCAGCAGCGGCGCCGCCGCCUGCGAGGGGCCCGUGAAGCUGCACGAGGGCUCCCAGGUGCUGCUGAGCAGCUCCAACGAGAUGGGCACCAUCAGGUACAUCGGCCCCACCGACUUCGCCCCGGGCGUGUGGCUGGGGCUGGAGCUGCGCAGCGCCAAGGGCAAGAACGACGGCUCGGUGGGGCAGCGGCGCUACUUCAGCUGCAGGCUGAACCACGGCGUGCUGGUGCGGCCCAGCAGGGUCACCUACCGCGGCAUCAACGGCGCCCGGCUCGUGGAUGACAUCUGCUGAGCCCCACAGCCUGGGGCAGGGGGAUUGCAAAGCACAAAGGAACCCCCCCCUGCCUAGAAUGGG